CAGGGUCCGCUCCGAGUGCGCAUCAAUCGUUUCAUGAUGGGCGAGAUUUUCAGAUCUUCUGUGCCAAUCAACGUGAGCAACAUUCCCAAUUGCUCCUUGACCAACUGCCUUUUUAAGUACCUGAGGCAAAAUCUGCAUAUUGUUGCUCAGAAGCCUUGGCUGAUUGAUGUUUGCACGGAAAAGAAAAUUUUGUUUGGCCAAGUGGAGGAGCGAUCGCGGAAUGUGGCGAAAGCUUUGGCCAGGAGAGGUUUUGCAAAGGGCGACGUUUUGUACUUCGUGUCCUACGAUAUAGUGGACAUCGGCGUUCUGCAGUUGGCCGUUUGGCUUUUAGGAGGAGCGACCAGAGGCAGUUAUCAAAUUUCAAAGCCAGAGGAAUAUGCACGGCAAAUGCAAGAAGCGAAAUGCAAAUUUGUGGCGGUUGAUUCACACACCGUGGAGACGAUCAAACAGGCUAUCAAAAUUGGGAAUAUGGAUUGCGAUAUUAUUAAUGUUGGUGAUGAGGCCAUUAACGGUGUCCUCAGUUUUAUGGAAUUGACUCAAGACGAUAACGCAACAUUAUUGCCUAAAGUGCAAAUCGACUCUGAUAAGGACGUUUUCUUGAUUUGUAACACAAGCGGCAGCACCGGCGAGCCCAAAGGUGUCAUUCACACCCACAAAAACUUCCUCAGUGUCUUGUCAUGCUUCAAGGAAUUGAUGGCCGAGAACUUUGACGAAAGUAUCAUGCUAACUGCUAGUAAUUUUUCUAUUUUCAACGCGUGGACAAUGACACUCACUCUCGCCACAGGCAACACAAUGUUCUGCAUGAGCAGAUAUAGGAAGGAAGAGUUCCUUGGCCAUGUAUUGAAAUACAAGCCAUGGAAAAUAUUUUUGUACCCGUACAUCAUGAGCUGGUUUGCAAGAAGACCUGAACUGGAUAAACACGAUUUCGGUUUUUUAAAGAAUAUCAGUCUAGGUGGCUCCGUUGUGGACCCAACAACAUUGGAGUUGUUGCAGAAAAAAUUCCCCAAAGCUAAUUUCAAUUUGACGUAUGCAACCACUGAAUGUUUGGGAGUUGCAACCACUCCAAACAAUAUCAAUCUGUCACUCUUUGGAACUUCACCAGAUGGUGAGAGAAUGGUUACUUCAGGGUUUUUAUUUCCCUUAGUGGAAGCCAAGAUCAUUGAUUUGGAAACAGGGGAUUUGCUUGGAAAAAAUAAGUUGGGACUUCUAUUCGUGCGCAGUUUGCAGCUCACAAAAGGGUAUUUGGUGAAAGACAGCGAGCCAGACCGGUCUUGCUUUGACUGCGAAGGGUGGUUUGAUACAGGUGACAUUGCAUUUUUUGACACCACUGGACAAUUAUUUGUGAGGGAGAGAGUUUCCUUCAUGUUCAAAUAUUACAUGCAUUUUGUGAUCCCAUCUGAAAUAGAAGCAGUGCUUCAGGAACAUUCGGCCGUUCAGCUGGCUUGUGUGAUUGCAGUGCCAAACAUGGAAACAACAAAUCUUGCAAGGGGACUGGUCGUUUUGAAAAACGGAGAAAAUACAACAGAAGAAGAAUUGCUUGCGCUUGUGGCCAGGAAGCUGCCUCUCCACAAGCAUUUGCACGGUGGUCUGCAGUUUGUCGAGUCGCUGCCAGAAAACAAAGGUAGAAAAUUGGAUCGCAUGGCGAUCAUCAAACAAUACAUCUCACAUUUAUAGAUGUAAUAAUUUCACUAUGAUUUUAAAGCGUCUGCAGGCAAUCAAUGGUUUUGACAGUUAAUCUAAAGUAUGUCCUAUGGGGUAUUUACUAAAAUGUUUAAAUCAGAAAACUUAUUAAUUUAUUCUGAAUAAGAUCUUCUUUUAAAGUAUUUAAUUUUUAUAAUUUUUAGUGUAUGAAAUUAAAUUGGCAUAAUAUCAUUCGAAAAAUUAUUUUUUACCCUCCUUACAAUGAAAUUUAAUUAGAUAGAAAAAAAUGUUUAAAUUGAAUAAUAAAACAACAAUUUAAUAUGGUAAUAAGUUUUCCCAA